AUGGUCGUCUUCAGCAAAACCGCUGCCCUCGUUCUGGGUCUGUCCACCGCCGUCUCUGCGGCACCGGCUCCCACUCGCAAGGGCUUCACCAUCAACCAGAUUGCCCGGCCUGCCAACAAGACCCGCACCGUCAACUUGCCGGGUUUGUAUGCCCGUUCCCUGGCCAAGUUUGGCGGUACGGUGCCCCAGAGCGUGAAGGAGGCUGCCAGCAAGGGUAGUGCCGUGACCACGCCCCAGAACAAUGACGAGGAGUACCUGACUCCCGUCACUGUCGGAAAGUCCACCCUUCAUCUGGACUUUGACACCGGAUCUGCAGAUCUCUGGGUCUUCUCGGACGAACUCCCUUCCUCGGAGCAGACUGGUCACGAUCUGUACACGCCUAGCUCCAGCGCGACCAAGUUGAGCGGCUACUCUUGGGACAUCUCCUACGGUGACGGCAGCUCGGCCAGCGGAGACGUCUACCGGGAUACUGUCACUGUUGGCGGUGUCACCACCAACAAGCAGGCCGUUGAAGCCGCCAGCAAGAUCAGCUCCGAGUUCGUUCAGGACACGGCCAAUGAUGGUCUUCUGGGACUGGCCUUCAGCUCCAUCAACACUGUCCAGCCUAAGGCACAGACCACCUUCUUCGACACCGUCAAGUCUCAGCUGGACUCUCCUCUUUUCGCCGUGCAGCUGAAGCACGACGCCCCUGGUGUCUACGACUUCGGCUACAUCGACGACUCUAAGUACACCGGUUCCAUCACCUACACGGAUGCCGAUAGCUCCCAGGGCUACUGGGGCUUCAGUACCGACGGCUACAGCAUCGGAGACGGCAGCUCCAGCUCCAGCGGCUUCAGUGCCAUUGCUGACACCGGUACCACCCUCAUCCUCCUCGACGAUGAGAUCGUCUCCGCCUACUACGAGCAGGUUGAUGGCGCCCAGGAGAGCUAUGAAGCUGGUGGCUACGUUUUCUCCUGCUCAACCACCCCUCCUGACUUCACUGUCGUGAUCGGCGACUACAAGGCCGUCGUUCCUGGCAAGUACAUCAACUACGCUCCCAUUUCGACCGGUAGCUCCACCUGCUACGGCGGUAUCCAGAGCAACAGCGGUCUCGGACUGUCCAUCCUGGGUGAUGUGUUCUUGAAGAGCCAGUACGUGGUCUUCAACUCUGAGGGUCCUAAGCUCGGCUUCGCUGCUCAGGCUUAG